CGCGUGAGGGCGAUUAAAACCUGCAAGCUAUAAUUUAAAACACGGUUUACUCCAUAAGGACCUGUUUUAAACAUUUUACCGGUGGUAUUUGCGUACAUCUUCCGAGGGAGAUCUAGAUUGGAUGCAAUUAAGGGACGUGUCACCACUGAUAUUUUAUGAAACCAAAAAGAUAACAACAUUGCGAGUAUGUUGAGCGCAUUUUCCGGAUUGUUUCAUUUUAUUUGAUAUCUUUGAGAAAGCAACGCACACUUUACUACCGACGCGACAAGGCACGAACUUGCCACCUAGAACCGUUUUGUGGAGUUUAUGGUGAAAUUUACAUAUUGACAUUACCAUUUGGAUGGACUACUGUUUGGAUUUUUCUACCAUUAGACUUGCUUUGGCAUUCGAGAUGGGUUAUUUGACGGCACUGUUACAAAUAGUUGCUGCGGUCCAGUUGAGCCUUUUACCUGCACAGAGUUCUUCCUUAGUAAACGUAAACAACACUGCUAAAGUGAUGCUGUUUCAAGAGGUUUGGGGGAAAAGCUUCUGCCGCACUGUAGAGAAGCUAGUGGAAGUGGUUCAGGAGUACCCUGGGGAGGUGGAGCACAUUUUCAGCCCUGCCUGCGUGCCAUUGGUCCGCUGCGCUGGUUGCUGUGGAGAUGAGAAUCUGGAGUGUCACCCUACACUUACUUCUAACACCACCAUGCAAUUAUUAAAGAUUAAGCCAGCGGAGCAGGGCCAGGAAUAUGUGGAGAUGACCUUUGUGGAGCACAAAGCCUGUGAAUGUAGACUAAGAAAACCUACAAAGAAACAAGACAGAUUGAAACCCAGAAACAGAGGAAGAAAAAGGAAGGAGAAAAAGAGAGGGAAAGAUUGUGACACGUGUCAGCCUCCCCGUAGGUAAAUGCUGUCUCGCCGUGAUGCCAGCCAAUCGCGCGCAUCUGCCCCCUUCUGUGCGACCCUCACCGUCACCAUCAUUCACUUAUGGAUACUGCCACCAUCCCAGAUGCAGAGUUGAUAUGGUGAUGGGGCUUCUGUCAGCACACGGAGGGCCUUCCAGUCAUCUAUACAGGAAUCUCCUGUUGUGCAGCUCUCUACAGAAGAAAAACAACCGAAGACCAAACCUAAAAUCCGAGACUGAAUAAUCCCCUAGGGACUUAUGUUAUUAUAUUAUUAUUAUUUUAUUGUUUUAUAAUAGUAGUAGUGAAAGUCAUAAAGUAAUAUUAGUGGUAGUACUGGUUUAGCUGCCAAGUCUUCCCCUUUUAUUUAUUAAAAUCCACUGAAGUAAAACUGGUGCAUUCCAUCAUUAAUCAAUACAUUUACAAAGCCAUUGUGUAUUUGGUCAUAAAUCUAGAAGGAAGCACAGAACAAAAUGCCAAAUAUCAUCUCUUUAGAUUCUAUAUUACUGCUAUGCUAUGACUAUAUUACAAUUUACUAAUGUGAAAACCGUCUUAGAAGAUUUUUAAUACAUAGUA